AUGACAGCAGUGGGAGGAGCAGGAGAGGCAGCAGUCCCAAAAGCGUUUGUAAGUUUAUGUAAGUUGUACGACUCGGCCGGAAACGUCGACGACAUCUUCGUGGCGACUGCCGCAGCGACUGCAGCCGCCACGGAGUUCACAGCUGCUGCUUCUGUAUCUCUCCACGGUAAGUGCCACCGACGCCACUGCGGAGAUAAUGCGAAGAAUCUCAGGACCAACGUUCGAACAACCUCAAACAUACAUGCUCACCCAGGACACCAAAUGCCUGUGGCUGGCUGCCUAAUGCCAACGAGGGCCUCAGGUGACAGGGUGUGGUCUUCAGAAAAUCGCAGCGAAGGACAGAGAAAAGGGAAGAGCAUGGCGGCGGGCAUCACAUCGGAGGCGCGCAGGUCCUACAGAAGUCGAGAAUAUGCAGGGUCAUGCGUGAGCAUCCCAUACCGACCGGUGCUCGAAAGUUUUAAUCACUCAGGCAUCCGCUACAAGAUACUGUACGCUUAG